UAAAAGAAAUGGUAGAGGUUUUAAAACCGUUUGAAGAAGUAACAAGACACAUUUGUGGUGCAAAAUACCCUACUAUGAAUCUCAUAUACUCUUAUAUUCGAAUGUUAAAAAAUAAAUAUGCUCCAGUAGCUGAAAAGGGUGAAUCAGUCGAAUCUUGGUUGGAUUUCAUCUACAGAUCAUUAUCAGAAGAUUCUGAUCAAAUAGCAGAUAGUGAUACAAGCGUUAGUAGUGAUGACAAAGCUGAUAUACCAUCAGCUGGAAAUAGAAAACAAUGGCAGUAUGCGCAUGUGCGUCGAAGUGUAUAUCGUCAAAAUAGUGGUCUAAGAUAUUUACCUUCUACAAACUGCAAUGGGCUUUUGAAAAGAAUGCAUACUGCAAUUUAUUUGUCUCUUAAUGAAUUAUGGGAGGUUUCUCAUGAAAUUGGACUGAAAGCUUCUUUGUUAGAUCCGCGUAUGUUAAAAUUUCUUUCAUUUGCUACUCUUAAUGAAAAAAAAAAUGUAGAAGACCAAAUUCAUGCAGAAUUAUUUGCAUUAAAACCUAAUAAUAAUGAAAGCAAUACUGAAAGAACACAAGCUACUGUAGAAGAUUGUGAUUCUCUGAGUGCUGAAUUAUGGGGUUCGCAUUUAAUGCCUGAUCUACCAACUGCUACUGAGGAUGAGUUAACAAGAUAUUUAAGAGAACAA